UGGGCGCAGCAGGCGAAGGAGCCGUCGCGAAUGCCUGUCAGAAUACGAGGAAAUUGACCUUUGUUACUAGAAUCCAUAGAAAUUUGCACGUUGAAGAGCCUAAACAUGAAGACUUACACAUUAAGUGAGAAAGUUCGCAAUUUUGCCAUUUAUACGCGGCUGGUAACUUUACUACUGCAGGUUAUAUCAAAUCUGAUUAUCCCAGAUCACCAGGCAGAUGCAUUUGUCUCCCCACAAGACCCAGAGGUGAAGUCCACAUGGGGGGAUGAAAUAGUGCAGUUCCUCUUAGGUGGUUUAGUGCGUUGGGAUGCUCAAUAUUUUCUCCACAUUGCUCAGUAUGGUUAUACACACGAAAACACUCUGGCUUUCUUCCCACUAUUUCCCCUGGCAGUGCGGUAUCUAGCACAUGUCGUUGGUAUUCCUCUGCAGUUUGUUUGUAGCUAUCACAGUAUUUUACUGAUAUCUGCAGUAUUAUUGAAUUUCUACUUAUUUAUCAAGACUGCAGCUGUUUUUCAUAGAUUGAGUUUAGUGGUGCUGAAAAAUGAGAUACUUGCAUACCGAGCAGCAUUGCUGUUUUGUAUCAAUCCUGCAAGCAUAUUUUUCACAGCCCCAUACUCUGAGGGAUUGUUUGCAUUCCUCACAUUUUCGGCAUUAUUAACAAAUGAAAGAAGAAGUACUUCAGUUGCGGCAUUGCCUUUUGGACUCGCCUCGGCUGGUAGAUCAAAUGGGCUUGUCAACAUUGGGUUCAUCCUCUACAGGAAGCUUCUGGAUUGUUCAAAUUAUUACUACAAGAUUCGAAAUGCAACAACAGAAUCAGGGCAGCUGUCUCUGCUGAUAGUAGUGAUCCUUACCUUCAACUAUACACUCAUUCCACUCUUCAUUGGAUGUUUCCUGGUUGUCCUUCCAUUUGUCAUCUUCCAGACCUGGUGCUAUUUUACAUACUGCCACAAGGAUGGAACUUCAUCAACUCUGGCUCCACAUCUAGAAAUGUAUGUGCGAGCAAACUUCUUGCAUUCACCAGUUAUGGGUGAAGCAGAAUGGUGUGAUAACACACCACCCAUUGCCUAUUCAUAUGUGCAGGACAAAUAUUGGGAGGUUGGACUUCUUCGAUAUUAUGAGGUCCGUCAAGUCCCCAACUUCAUGCUGGCUCUACCAGUUGUCAUGAUUGUUAUUUGUCAUGCAGCUCUGUACAUGGUAGAUAACCCUCAGGUAUGCUGGGGUCUGGGAAUUCCUCAGCCAGUGGGAGAUAAGCCUUCAAGUCGGAGAAAGCAAGCCCUAACAUGGCCUGAGGAAGGCAUCAACUCCUGGCGUGUGUUUGUUUACACAGCCCACUCUCUCAGCCUGUGUGCUUUCUGCGUACUCUGUAUCCAUGUCCAAGUAACAACAAGACUGCUGUGCUCUAGUUGCCCGGUUGUGUAUUGGUUUGCUGCACACAUGCUGACUGACCAACCCAAAAAUGUAAAUGAAAAACCAUCCAAGAAGAAUAUGAUAGUCCAUGCUGAGACUCCUGCCAACCUAAACAGCUUCUAUCAGGUAUCAUUACUCUCAGAGUUUCCAAAGACAUUCUGGGGUCAGUUCAUUAUUUCCUACUUUCUGCUGUAUUCACUUGUUGGUGUAGUUCUUUAUUCAAACUUUUUACCUUGGACCUAAGGAAGGCAUAUGAGGAAACAUUCCUGCUAGUCAUGUAAAAGUAAUGUACCAUAUUGUUAUAUAUUUCUAAGCACAAUUUUCAUUUUAUUGACACUUUUCAGUGAAAAUGUACUAGUCAUGUAUAUUGAAUUGAACAUUGUUAUUCUGUUGCUUAUUUGUAUAAUGAAAAGUACUCCUGCCAGUAAUAUAAGAAUCUUUAUUAAUACUUUAAAAUAUUCCACUCUUGUCAUUUCAAUUACUCAAGUGAAAUUUGUCAAAUGCCAUAGACACAAGAACUGCUGGUUUCUGUUUUUUGUUCAUUUUUAUUAUAAUUGCUAAUGCAGCAUUCUAUUGCCAGGCACUACAUGAGAAUAUUUUGGCAUUAGUUUCCAUGUAAGGAUGGAGAUUGCGUGUUGUUGGAUAAACUGUAUGGUUUUAUUGUUAUCUUAAUGGGACUGUUUACCAAUUAGCCCAAAUGUUCCCAGUUUUUUUUUACUUAAAUAUGAUAAUAAUAAGGUGAUUGAGAUAAUAAGGUGAUUUUAAAAUUAAUUGUAGAUUAUGUAGUUGUGCUUCUUUUGAGCUAUAUUUUUUUAAGUUAACUCUCCAGGGGGGUAAUUGACCCUUUCAGAUGUAGGAAAAUUUCCUAAAAUGUUUGUAGGGUGAAUAAUUCAUACACCAUUCCUCAGAAGGACAUGACAGUAAUAUCAUAAAGUCUUCUAAUGCUUGCUACCAAUUUUGCAAUUUCCCUUUAGUUCUUCUGGUAUAUGGAUUCUAAGUAAGUCAGUGUUUUCUCUAAAAAAUGCGAAAACAAUUGCUUCUGUAAUUCUUUAGAAAAUACAAGAGGUAUUUAUACUGGUUUUGAAUAUAUUUUCAUCAGAAAUACAUGAUGUAUUUGAAACUGUUAAAUACAUCAUUAUGAAGAUAUUCAUUCUCAUUCAUACCUUUUCUACAUUUGUCAACAUGAAUACAUUUCAUCUUUGACAUCGCGUUAGUGGUGUUGGAACCUCUCUUGCUUCCAAAAGUUAAUCAUGAGAAAAUGAUAUUUGAAGUUCAGGCAUUUUUCUUUUCUACUCUUAUUCUUAUUUUUUAUUGCUUAAUACAAAAUUGUAAUUUAAUUUCUUUUAUAAAAUGGAAUGUGAAAAGACCCAUUCUAGAAAGUCACAAUUACUGAAUUCCUUAGAUGCCAUUAGUAAAUAUAUAAUCAUAUAAACUUCAUAACACAUAUCUCCAGGAAGCCACAUGCAGGCCAUAUUUCAAGCA